AUGGCUGAUGAUCCCCUGAUUAAUGGGAUUCCUUUGAGCUCAUUGAAAGUGGUGGAUUUAAGAAAGGAGCUCGAGGUCAGAGGACUCGGAAAAGGUGGCGUCAAGAAGGAUUUAGUCGAAAGACUGCGAAAUUACAUCAGCCAACACCCCGAUGAGGCUGAAGAAGAGGCUCCCCCACCACCUGAUAGUCCAAAUGUAAGUUAUUCUAACUUUGUGCUUGGUUUUAGGCAAUCUUAACAUGAAACAAGGCUAAUAAGCCCCUCCCAGAACUAUUUUGCCCUCUGACAUGUCUAAAAAUCUUCAAUAAUCGUCUUACAAUGUCUACUUAUAUUACAUAUUAUAUAAAAUUAAAGUCUUUUCAAGAAAAUUGGUGAGUAUGAGCCCAAAACAUCUUCAGUAGCCUUAAAAUGUGUCAAGUAUCUACGCAUACAGUCUGAUCUGUCUAUAACUCCAUAAAAUCGGCAGUUUAAAGGUAUAUGUAAACGCCAAUCGCCAAAAAAGUACUUCCACUAUGACUGAUGUCAUAAAUAAUAUAAAAAUGUCUUAAAUUUAACUUUAAACUCUAAAAUGAGAAAUUGCCAGGUGUUGUAAGUCUAAUUAUAACUUCCUGAGGUCUGUAAUCCUGUUUUUGGUCGAAACGAAAGCUACAUUUUCAAAAAUUUAAUCUGAUCCUGUCUCAACCCAGUAUAAUAUAAGUGAUAAAAAAGUAAACUCAGCAACCUACCUUCUUCACACCAUAAUCAAAGCUCCCGAAAGUUCGGUUUGCCACGAAAUUACGGAAACUCCUGAAAACAUUUUUGUGUUUGCGUUUCGAAACGAAAUUUGGCGUAGAUUUCACCGAAAAAAACUCCAUUUUUUUUUUUGUUUUUUCGCUGAAACGUGUGCAAACUAUGGAUUCUGAGGCUGAUUAUGCGAAAGAAAACGAGUUAACGAAUGAGGAUCAGGAAAAUCAGGUAUUUCUUCGCCAUAUGUUAUGCGUUGUUGGUCCUUGAAAUAGUUAUCGAGUCUUUGUUUUUUGUUGUUAUUAUUAUGUUUGUGUUUUCUCGAACUAUCUAGGUCUCUCUAAGUCGAAUACUCUUAAUCUGCGAUGCUUUUUUUAUUUAAUUUACACUUUUUUUCUCGCAUGGGGUUUUACUCUAUUUUUUGCAGAAAUCCAGUCCAAUGAACAGCAUUGUGGCCAAAUAUCGAGAGAAACAGCAAGCUGCAUUGGAUGCAGCAACACGUGAAGCCCAGCUUAUAAGAGAAAGAAGCACAGAUUUGUCGCCAAGCAAAGGAAGUGGGUCUGAGAGCAGAUCCGAAAGUAAAUCUCCCGAAAAGGAGACAAAGCCAGUAUCAGAUGAGGUCGCCGAACCCGCAGAAGUUGAAGUAAAAAUUCCUGAACCUGUUGAGGAACCAAAGCAAGUCGUUGAGGAAGAAAAACAGCCAGAGGAAGCCCCAGAACCCGAGCCCGAACCUGUUGUCGAGAAAGAAAAAGAGCCUGAAGUUGAGAAGGUCGAGGAAGCUUCUGUAGAAGCGCAGGAGCCAUCGCCGGUACCAGAGAUUGAGCUUGAGUCUAGCCAGGACUCCCAAGAAGAGACCGCGGAAGUAAAAGGAUCUCUGGAAAAGGAACAGGUAUGUUGAUCUUUGAUUUAUUUUAGCUUCUGUUUUUAGGCUGAAGAAGUAAAGGGUAGUUCCAAGGAAGAAAGUCAGAAAGAAGAGGAUAAGAGAUCAGAGUCCGGCUCCAGGUCAAGAAGCCCAUCUCCAGAAGCUGUAAGGGAAGAACGGUAAGUUUUUAAGAUCAAACUUUUAAAGUCCAGCUGAACUUAUGUUAUUUUAAAUGUCUUACAGAAGUUCCCCUGAAAAGCGAGCAACUCCCGCAGAAGCUGGUGAUGGCGAUUAUCUUGAGCUGGAUUACGAAGAAGAAGCAAAAGCAAGUUUUUAAAACAUUUGCCGGGCAUCGGGCAUAAAAAUAAUUUUUUCUUAUUUUCGAUUUUUAGGCCGAAGCCACCGAAAAGGACGUAACAGAAAAGGAGAGAUCAGAGUCAGAAGUUCAAUCACCCAAAGAUGGGGAUUUGGACAACGAAAGGCCAAAAGAAAAGAAGCCUUAUGUGGAAGAUCGAUUCGACUUUCUUAAGAAAAUCUCAGCAUCUGAGCCCGAAACUAAAGAAACUACAGAAUAUGGCCUUGUCAGGGCAAAUCCACCUUCUCCAGCAAGGUAAGGAUGUUUUCGAUUGAUUUUUUAUUAUUUUAGAUAUCAAAUUUUGGGUUUUAGCCAAAAGAAUAAAUUUUUGGUCGAAUUUCCUUUCUUUUGGUUUGAAAAAAAACCAAGCGAAAAGCAAAAAAACUUAAUUUUAGACACGAUGUUGAUCUGUUUAUACAUGUUCACCGACUUCGUCGACCUUUCACCAACAAAGGGUUAAUUGCUUUACUCAAAAAGUUCGGAGAAUUCGACGAGAACGAGGACUUUUGGAUUGAUGCCAUCAAGUCAAAUUGCAUAGUCAAGGUAGGUUUUUAUCUUGAGUGUUGAUUCUUGUUUUAGUACUCCUCAAUCGAAGAAGCGAAGAAAGCUCGGCAGGAAUUACAUAAUGUGAUAUGGCCCACUGGAAAUCCUGAUUGCCUUUUAGUUGAUUUCUGCACGGAAGACAGGGUAAGAUUAGAGUUUUAAGAAUUGAUUGGAUAUUGUAACAGGAUUUGGAGAUAAUCUUUAAUUUUUAGUUUAUCGAGAAGAAGGUGGGAAAAGUUGAGAAGAAAAAGGAAGUGAAGCCAGAAGAGAGUAUAAGAGUUGAGGUGGAAACAGCUCCCAUUGAACAUCACGAACCUCCAACAACUUCUGAAGAGAAAAAUGGAGCCGACGAGGACAGAGAAAGGAAGAGAACACCGACUCGACAGAAGUCAGAGAAGGGUCUAGAUGAAUUGUUUAAGAAGACAAAUGCCAAACCUUUCAUUUAUUACCUGCCGCUGUCCACGGAAGAAGUAAGACACGAAAAUUUUUAAUUUUUAUGUUGUUGUUGUCAUAGAUAAUAACAUUUUUCCAUGUUUAGGCCGAACGCAAAUGGGCCGACAGAAAGGCCCUGGAGGAGAAAAGACGUCACCGUGAAACCCCUCCAAUCCGAUCUCGCCCCACCCCCAGCCGACGCCGCUCUCCCCCUCCGCGCCGUCGUCGCUCCAUCUCCAGAUCCCCCGACAGAAAGCGCGAUCGCCGCGCCUCCCCACCCAGAAGACGUUAG